GAAAGUUUUCAGGGAGCAGCUGCUGUGAAAGUGCUCACGGACCGAGUGGAAAAGGGAGAGUACCUGGGAUCAGAUUCUCAGAAUGAGGUUUUGCUCUGCUGCUGAAAUGGGAGUGGUUCGCUGCACUGUGCUGUUACUGUAUGGGAUUCUCAGCUCAGUCCAGGGGGAAUUCACCAUACUUACACCUGAAAAGCCUUUUGUAGUUGUUGCAGGUGAAGAUGUUGUAUUGGAAUGUGAGCUUCUCCCACCGAUCUCUGCCAGAAACAUGGUGGUGGAGUGGCUGAAAUCAGGUCUCAACUCACCAGUCCAUGUGUCCGAACAUGGACAAGAUGACCCAUUCACUCAACACCAGGACUACAGAGCAAGGACGGAACUGUUUAAAGAUGAAAUGACCAAAGGAAAUAUUUCCCUCAGAAUAAAGAAUGUAAGAAGGUUUGAUGAAGGGCGAUACACAUGUUUAGUUGAAGACAGAACUGAUUCUAAACAUUCUACAGUUGAAUUGCAAGUUCUAGGUCUGGGGAGUGAACCCCGGAUUCAGAUGAAGGGAUAUCAAGGAUAUGAAAUCCAGCUUGUGUGUAAAUCCAGUGGAUGGUACCCUGAGCCAGAGAUCCUGUGGUUCGGUGAGGAUGGACAUGUUUUGGAACAAGCAGAAACAAGAUCCUACAAAGACUCAGAAGGUCUUAUAAAUGUCGAGAGCAGCGUUGGAGUAACGAGGCAGUCAACAAACAGGUUCAAGUGUCUUGUCCGGAACACACAGCUAAAAAUACAACAUGAGGCAAAUAUUAAGAUAUCAGAUGAGCUCUUCCUGACUGAUGCUGACUGGGUCCUGCCACUGGUCCUGACCGUUUGUCUUCUCAUCGCCACAAACUCUGCUGUGAUUUAUUGGAAUGUGAAACAAAAUAGACACAUCAAAGAGCUGGAACUUCGGAAAUCCAUCGUAGAACUUGGACAAUGGAGACCCUGUAUUCAGUCAGACUGGGAGAGAGAACAUGUCUUUGAAGGUAAGAUCUUAUUUUACUGGUCUGAGGGAUUUAGCAAACAAGGACUAUAA